AUGGCUACAAGGAUUUUAGAAACAACUCAAGACAACAAAGAUCAACAAGAAGAUUUGAAUAAAUUAAAAAACAUGUUAUUAAAAUCAAAUUACCCGUUAAAAGAAAUUGAAAAAUUAAUACAACAAACAUGUCAAGAAUUUAAAUCAAACAAAAAUAAAUCCAAUGAUAAAAACGAUGAUACAACCGGUCAGAUUAAAGAUAAAAAUAAUAAUGAAUUUAUUUGUAGUUUAACAUUACCAUAUGCUCCUGGUAUGGAAGUACUUAAAAGAAGACUUGAAAAGAAAUUAAAAAUCAAACUGUUCUUUUCCUAUCCAUACAAACUACAAUUACAAUUUAAUCAAUCAUUAAAAGUUCCAUCAAAAUCUGUUCUAUAUCAAAUCCCGUGCUCAUGUAAACAAACCUAUGUUGGACAAACAAAAGUAGGUAUAGAUAAUCGUAUGAAACAACAUUCAAAAACCAUAAAUGAUAAUGAAAAUAAUAGUAAUUCAGAAAUGGUUAAACAUUUUCAAGAAAAGAAAUUUCAUUGUCUAUUUGAUACAAAUGAUGCAUUUAUAAUUGAAGAAGAAAAAGAUUACUGGAAAAGACGCACAAAAGAAGCAAUAUAUUCAAUAAUAAGUGAGUCAGUAAAUACACAUGAUGAAAUUAAUGAAGCAUGGACACCAAUAUUACAUAAAGCAAAACAUCAAAUUCAACGAAAGAUCGAAUCAGCUCGAGAAAAUUACAACAAAUACAAAAGAACAAAAACUUAA